UGUAUGGGUGGGGAGGGCUUGUGGGAGAGUGGUUCAGGGUUCUGACACAGACUACACCCAGAGAAAGAAGAGCAAGCACCAUGUUGAAACUAUUAUUGUCACCUAGAUCCUUCUUACUCCUUCAGCUGCUCCUGCUGAGGGCAGGGUGGAGCUCCAAGGUCCUCAUGUCCAGUGGGAAUGAAGACAUCAAAGCUGAUUUGAUCUUGACUUCUACAGACCCUGAACACGUCAGUGCUCCUACUCUGCCCCUUCCAGAGGUUCAGUGCUUUGUGUUCAACAUAGAGUACAUGAAUUGCACUUGGAAUAGCAGUUCUGAGCCUCAGGCAACCAAUCUCACGCUGCACUAUAGGUACAAGGUAUCUGAUAAUAAUACAUUCCAGGAGUGCAGUCACUAUCUGUUCUCCAAAGAGAUUACUUCUGGCUGUCAGAUACAAAAAGAAGAUAUCCAGCUCUACCAGACAUUUAUUGUCCAGCUCCAGGACCCCCAGAAACCCCAGAGGCGAGCUGUACAGAAGCUAAACCUACAGAAUCUUGUGAUCCCACGGGCUCCAGAGAAUCUAACACUCUGCAAUCUGAGUGAAUCCCAGCUAGAGCUGAGAUGGAAAAGCAGACAUAUUAUAGAACGCUGUUUACAAUACUUGGUGCAGUACCGGAGCAACCGAGAUCGAAGCUGGACGGAACUAAUAGUGAAUCAUGAACCUAGAUUCUCCCUGCCUAGUGUGGAUGAGCUGAAACUGUACACAUUUCGGGUUCGGAGCCGAUAUAACCCAAUCUGUGGAAGUUCUCAACAGUGGAGUAAAUGGAGCCAGCCAGUCCACUGGGGGAGCCAUACUGAAGAGGAGAAUCCUUCCUUGUUUGCACUGGAAGCUGUGCUUAUCCCUGUUGGCACCAUGGGGUUGAUUAUUACCCUGAUCUUUGUGUACUGUUGGUUGGAACGAAUGCCUCCAAUUCCCCCCAUCAAGAAUCUAGAGGAUCUGGUUACUGAAUACCAAGGGAACUUUUCGGCCUGGAGUGGUGUGUCUAAAGGGCUGACUGAGAGUCUGCAGCCAGACUACAGUGAACGGUUCUGCCACGUCAGCGAGAUUCCCCCCAAAGGAGGGGCCCUAGGAGAGGGGCCUGAAGGUUCUUCUUGCAGCCUGCAUAGCCCUUACUGGCCUCCCCCAUGUUAUUCUCUGAAGCCGGAAGCCUGAGCAUCAAUCCUUUGAUGGAAUCUCAAAGUCCUAUAGUCCUAAGUGACGCUAACCUCCCCUACUCACCUUGCCAAUCUGGAUCUAAUGCUCAUUGCCUUCCCUUGGGGCUAAGUUUCGAUUUCCUGUCCCAUGUAACUGCUUUUCUGUUCCAUAUGCCCUACUUGAGAGUGUCCCUUGCCCUUUUUCCCUGCACAAGCCCUCCCAUGCCCAGCCUAGCACCUUUUCACUUUCUUUGAAGAGAGUCUUACCCUGUAGCCCAGGGUGGUUGGGAGCUCACUAUGUAGGCCAGGUUGGCCUCUAAGUCACAGGCGAUCCUCCCACCUCCGCCUCCCAAGAGUUGGUGUUACUGGCAUGCACCACCACACCCAGCAUGGUCCUUCUCUUUUAUAGGAUUCUCCCUCCCUUUUUCUACCUACGAUUCAACUAUUUCCAAAUCAACAAGAAAUAAAGUUUUUAACCAAUGA